AUGUUGACCAAGGCGACGGGGCUCUUUCUUAAAUUUCUUCGGGCUGCUGAUGCAACUGCGUUCGAGAAAAAGAAACCAGCCGAGCUCGCGAUGGUCUUGGCGGAGAAGGCGUGCAGCCCUGUGCACUCCGGAGCUCCUCCGAACAUGUUCCUCAUCUCUGGCCACCUCCUGAAAGCUUUCGACCUCAGUGCAGCCUCGUCCGAGAUCCAAGCUUGGAUCAAGGAGAAGCGUGAUGCCGAUGCCAACGCCGCGAGACUGUCCAAUCUGCAUCUGACCGUUGAAGCACUUGGCCUAUCAACGUCAACUACGGUCUCUGCCCUGUGGGGCAGUCUCGACGCGCUGAGCACCACGCACAGACUUCGGUUCCGUUACGUUCUGUUGAUGCUCGAGGCCGCCGCGAACAUUAUGAUGCCCAAAGAAGUGAUUGACUACAUGAAAGAACGUCUCGCGUUUCUGAAGACUUGGGCUGACGAGUUCAUCUGCUUCGAAGGCAUGAUGGUUGACGAGACCGAAGUCGUCGCUGAGUUCUGGGGCCCGACAUUCGAUGCCAUCCCUGCGCUCCAGAGACUUGCAGAGCGGGCGGCGUCAGACGCUCACUGGAGGAUGCAAGAAGCGAACAUCAAGAAGCAGAUGAUGCUGAAAACCAAGCCCGUGUUGAUUAAGGAGGAUGCGGUGCGCCUGCCCCCCUCGGAGAAGCCCAGAGGUGCAGAGUGGGAGUCUUUGACUAAGCCGCAGAUCGUCGCCGUGGCCAGUGCCGCGGCACUCCGGAACUCGAAGCAGGCGCGCGCCGAGCGCGUGGCCACUUGGGCAGCAGCCAAGGCGUGCUUGUACAACGACGGCCUAGAGAAGUUCUAUGAGCUCGCCAAGGCUGCGGAUGCUGCGGCCGCGGCGGCUGAGGCGUCCGCGGAUCGCACGACCGCGACGCCUGCCGAGGUCGACGAUCCGCGCCAGCAGGAGCGGCGGGAUCGGGAGAAGGAGGCCACCGCGACGACCGAUGAGGCGGUCGAAGCGGCUAUCGCUGCGAAGGUCGCGGAGGCGCUGGCGUCGCUGCAGACAGAGAAGAUCGGCAACAAGGAGUGCGCGAACGUCUUCUGCAGCAUGCUUGCCUCUGAUAAGGCGCGCGCCACCUGCGAGGCGCAGCGCAUCGGCAUCAUGAUGACGAACUGCGUUCAGUCGGGGUGGACAAUGAACCUGGCCAAGACCGCCAAUUCGGAUGUGAAAGAUUCUGGGCUGCAACACAUCCUUGCCCAACCCUCUGCGCUAUCGAGUGGUAAAGGUGCCGUGCCAUGUUUCCUAGACCUCGCCAAUCCCAACCUUCAUGCGGACUCACUGGGCAUCCGCCUCGAGCUCGUCGGAGAUAUUGUCCUAGCUCCUGCUGACCGUGAUUGGGGUAGCCAGCUUCGCGUGGAGUGCGGGGCCAUGACCGUCGCGGGGCACCCGUUCACCAUGUGGAUGCUGCCGACGUUGCACCUCCGGGACCCUCGGGGGUCGUUGCAUUGCCUUGCCUGGACGAUCCCGCUGGCGAAGGCCAAGCCGUCGAAGAUUGACACCGACGGCAAUGCUGUCGCCGCGGAGCCAGCCAACCCCAGCAUGACGUUCGAUAACGAGAUGGAGGAUGUGCAG